AUCAACCUGACGUUUGAUGGUUAAAUUCUUGACAUUUGCUCAAAUAAAAACAAUUUUCUUUCAGGAUAAGGAAAACCCUUUCCAUUUUUGGUAUAUGGUGCCCAAUAGUCUUACAAAAUGCAAGAUUCUCUGGACGACUAUAUAAAGAUAUCAAAGAAUAACGGUGGCGAUCUCCCAGUAGCUAUUAGCAAAAACAUCCAGAUUACUGCACAGAGGAAAAUAGAGUGUGAUAGACGUGCACAGAAAAUUGUAGAGUAUUCAAUCGAAGGAAAACUAAGGCCAGAGAUAUUCACCAAAUGUCUUCCUUAUAUAAAUCAGUCGCAUUAUCAAGACAUCGUUGAGGAAAGGGCUAUAACAAAGUUAUGUGGAUAUUCAUUGUGUGGGAGGAGGAUUCCAGACAUGCCCAAGAAGCAGUAUUUCAUAUCUAUGAAAAGCAAUAAGGUUUAUGAUAUAACAGAUCGUAAGAAUUACUGCAGCAAUUUUUGCUACAAGGCUAGUCUUCACAUCAAGAAACAAAUAGAUGAACGCCCAUUAUGGUUGAGGAAACUUGAUGACAUUCCUGAAUAUCAGUUAAUGGAAACUAGUGAGGGGUAAUUUUUUGCUAACAUAAUAAUCAGUAUUACAAAAACCAGAAUAAUCAUAAACUGAUAUUUCAUUGUUAAAUUAGGCCUUUCUUUUCAUAUGUUAAAUUAUCAAACAAUUAAUUGAAACCCUUUCACAUAAUGGCUUUAGUUUGAGAUUACCUUAUCUUAGUAGUAAAUUAGUUGUUUCUUUAUAAUAGCUUUAGGGACAUUGACAUUUUAGUCAUAUGUCAUUGACUGCUACUACUGGACUAAUUUUGAAAACCUAUAGAGCUUUUUUGCCCUUAGCAUAAUAAUGUGAAAUAUUUCUAGCCAACUAUGUAUGAGCAUAUAGUUACAGCACCACCUACAAGAUGCUAAUCUUUAGUGGUAGAUUUCGAAUUAUUGUGAAGAGGAGAAACUAGUCAUGACUAAUUCUCAUAGUUGAUGUAAUAGUAUCUCAUGUGAUCUCAGAUAAUUUUUGAGAUGUGCAAAUAUGGCAUUAGGUUGGGUAUCUUCAGGUAGAAUGUAUUAAUCAGCUCCCUGACUUAUUUUAAUGGUUUGGGGAGGAGAUACUACAGGAUCUAGCAAUACACAAUAAGGUCAAUUUACAACAAUAUUGUCUUCACAGUGGCCUACCUGGGGAGUUCAUCGACCAAGGUAUCGCUAAACCAAUUGCUGAAAAGCCAUUCACAUCUGUGUCUGCUUUCACAGACAUUGGGCUAGAAGAUUUAGUUGAAACUGAAAAGGUUGCAAAGGAAGGUACAAGUAAAAAGAUUAAGCGUAAAAAAGGAUCUAAUCUUCAUAAAACCAUGCAAACUAUAAAUGAACAUUCUGAAGAUCAAGAAAAUGUUGAACAGUCAUCUUCAUCAAGUAGUGCUUCAGAAGAAACAACUAAGAAAACAGAAAGUCCUCACAACCGCAUAUUACCAGUUAUAGAGGAGGCUGAAGAGAAAAUAGAAGAAAGUUCUGAAGUUUCUAGCAAAGUCAAGAAAUCUAAAAAGAAAAUCUCAAAGAGUGCUAAAAUAGACAUGGAGACACUUUUGAAAAGACUAGUAAAAGAAUGGCUGACAUUAGAUACAUAUAUUUUUCUUUAUGGCGAGUCUAAAGUGAAAGAAAUACUCACUGAGAAAAAAUUGAGUGACUAUUUUGACACCCUAGAUGUAGCUGGUCUUCAAAGAGAUCAACAAGUAAAAUAUAUGAAUAUAUGUCGGAAGUUACAGCUUCAAGAGAUGGCUGAUGAGAAGUUUGACAAUGCUCUCGUAGGCAAUAGUAAGUUAAUGCCAAUACCUGAUUAUAAAAAGUUGAAAGAAGAAACCAAAGAACUAGACAUGAAAGUUAAGAGUUUCUAUAGUGGUGUAUUGCAUGAAAAAGAAGAUACUAACUUUCCUGCAGUUAAGCAAAAAGAGUCUGAGAAAAGUGAAGAGGAAUCACCAACUUUCUUACCUUUAGUCGACAUUAGCUCUCAAAAUGCUUUAAGGAGGAAGGUGUUUUUGACAUCCAUCAAUAAGUGGAUGCAGCAAUUACUUCAGGCCUUAAGAGUGACAUCAUACACAACAGUAUUAUCAGAUCUACAGAAUCUAGUUAAGACAUUCCAUUUGAAAGCAGAUAAUGUGGUAUUUAAGCCUGUGGCAUGGAACUACAUUGCAAUUGUUUUAUUGAAUAUAUUAGCAAUACAAGAUGAAAAUAUAAAGAAUAUCUUGGAGGAAAAAUCGUCUCAAGAAUUCAUCAGCCUCCAGUUAGACUUAUUACAUAAUAAGAAUGAAUGCAUCAUUGAAAUUGUGAAUAAUGUUAGGAAUAUUGACUUAUUUAUCGAAAACUAUAUAUCGUCGCGUUGAGUGUAAUUUAUAACAUAUUUUUGUUAUAUGAAUAAAGUAAGCAAAAAGUGUCCGAG